AUGUUUAUUUUCCCCAAACAGCUCAUUAGUACUUAUUUACCUUUCUGAAAAGGAAACUGUCUCUCUUCAAUCACUUUAAAUUCUUUCAAAUAUUUUGAUAAAUGAAUCUCAAUAUAACGUUCAAAGAUUUUAUCAAAAACGGUCAAUAUUGACGAAACGGGGCGUUAUAAUUUUAAAAUUUUUUAUGGUCUGAAUUCUUUUAUAUUAGGCGAAUAACAGCUGUUUUAAAGCAAUUUGGAUAAAUAGACGUAUCUAUUGAGCCGUUAAUCACUGAACAAACUACGCUAGCAAGAGCCUCCAGCACUCUGUACGUCGCGCACAGAGAGACCGUCCGCUCCCGGGCCUUUGUUUUUAUUGAGACUCUCGAUAAUCGCGGCGACUUGGGUGUUUGUGGCGCACUGCAGGCGCAUGCUUUGCUAAAGCACGUCCGAUGCCGUCCAGACUUGUUCGCUCUUGUGUCUUGUCUUUGAUGACCGAGCAGCAGCGGCCGCCAGCCAGCAAAUGAAGGAAGAGAAAUGAAUGUGUUUCACUGCUUCAAAAAAAGAGCGGGCCAACAUGGCGAAUGCGCAAAAAAAGUCCACGGACCGAAAUUUCAAUCGCCAAAUUUGCCGAUAGAAGCGCCGAAUUUUCGGCCACCCUGGUAAUAUGUUGUUCGUACCGCUUAGUUUUAUAUGGGAAUGCAGUAAUAGCGAAUGGUCAGACAUCCUUUAACAAAAUAUCCUGUUUUAUCACCUCAAAAAAAGUCACCUAGUCGUCCUAGUCUGAAACGCCCUGCAUGCAAAAUGAGGCACCACUAUGUAAAUUAAGAGAGGUAAAAUAAAUCUAAAACUGAAAAUAAUUUCAGAAACCAAGAGAAUCGGGCCUUCUGUCAACGUCUGCAGCGUCUUCCAGUUUGCAGCCACUGCGGGAAAGUCAAGUGCAGUCAAGUAUGUUGAAAACUGGAGAUUUGUGUCUCUGUUAAUUGUGUCAUACGUCAAGCACGCUGGAGUGUUAACGACAGGUCUGGGCAUGGUGGGUGCAAUUUGCGACCACUGCGAGGCUUGGAUUUGCCAUGGACGGAAAUGCCUGCAAGUGCAUUGGCUGCGAGUGUCCUUUGAUUGACGCCGUUUGCAACGAGAGUGCGAGCGAGGCGUGUGGGCCCACGGAGGCAGGGUUUACCGAUGCUCAUACUGCGACAACUUUCUCUGCGAGGAUGACCAAUUUGAGCACCAAGCCUCUUGCCAGGUCUUGGAAGUUGAGAGCUACAAGUUUCAGUCGUGCAAAAUCGACUCGGGCAGGGCAAUACUCUUGUUUGCGUUGCAAGGUUUGUUUCUGCGAUGACCAUGUGAAACGCAAAGGAUUCAAGUACGAAAGAGGCAAAGCAGUUCCUUGUCCAAAGUGCAACUACGACACCCAAGAGACAAAAGACCUCAGCAUGAGCACCCGGUCACACAAGUUUGGCAGACAAUUAAAAGGUGGUGCCAGGGAUGAAGAAAACGAUGAUUACGAAGGUGGUGGCGCCUAUAACUCGGGCUAUCCUGCUCCCAAGUACGAUGAUGAUGAUGAUGAAGAGGGUGAUUCUGACAGUGACUGAUGGCAGUGACAGUGACGAGGAGACUGAAGAAUCUGAGGAGGAAUUCCUAACACAUUUCCUAACUUCAAGUUUGUGGACAAGAAGGAUUGUUGCACCUUUGCUCACUCAAUGGUCCUUCCAACACAUUGAAAUGCAACACAACUGGUCUCUACGCCUGCAUGAAAAAAGAAGCUGUCCAGUGAAUAGAGGCAAGAAAAAGAUCGGUAUCCAACUUUAUUGUCUUAAUUAAGGCAUUAUAAUUAAAAAAGGUGCAAGAACAAAGGGACAAAUUGGUGACCUACAGGAUGCGCAGCUUCGUGACAGAUGACACGAAAUCUGAUUUGGACCAGCUAGAAGUGCAGAAAGACCUCUCAAAUGUGCCAAAUUUUUCAGCCCCAUUCGAAGAUUUAAUCAGCAAACAAGUUUCGGUCGCCGUUUCUUCUGCAAUCAUUGGAGACGCGACCUACAGAGUCAAAGAGCUUAUUCAAGUAUUAACAAUGUUCACAGUGGAUAGCACAGAAGAACAGCUCAAAGCUGUCAAUCAAGUUUUGGAGAGGAUGAAUUAUCCUGUUAUCUUCAGUCUCAAUGAAAGCAUUACAGAGUUUUGGAAUAUUGGUGGAGUGCUCAUUGAAAAUGACCCUGAUAACCUCUGCAGUGCUGUCCUAAACGAUGGAAACACUUUCCAACUCUCUGGAGGGCUUUUCAUUAAAAAUGAGCUUAUCAUGGGCAGAGGAGAGGACGGAAAUGUUGGACAUUUGCCAGAGACGCUCACUCUAUGCUAUGACAGCAUCAGAGCCAUUCUUUGUGGCUGCAAUGAGCAGCAUUUCAGGUCUUUGGCACUUUCCUUGCGCUCGAACUCUCUACUAGGCCCAAUUUUACCUUACGUUGUUGAUGACAUGGCGGAGCAGAUCAAACUGGCCAAUGGCAGAGAAGCAAAGCUGUACUGCUUAUUUGACAUUGUCAAUACCCUGAUCAGCAACCAGUUCGUUAACCUUAGCAAGUCAGUCAGUAUCAACAAGCUGAUGGCCAGCCUGCUGUCAGUGGCCUUCUCGUCAAACCAAGGCAAAGACGACGACCUGCGGCGCAAGUUUGCGGAAAUGCUGGGUCGGUCCAUGCUUCGUUGGCCAAACAUCCUGCUCGUUCGAGAAGUGCUGCACAAACUGAAUAAAUGUCUGCAGGACAGUUUGCUGCCUCUUCAAGUGCAAAGAGGAGCUCUGCACAUAUUGGCCACAAUGGGUAACGCCUCUUUGGCCUUGGUGCUGUGGCCCCUUCUGCUGAACAGACCCACCUACGGCGUCUUCCUAGAUGCCAUCAGGAGCAAACCUGAGCUCUCUGCAGACUAUGCUGCCAUUCAGGACACCCUUCUUGUCUGCUCCCUUGCCCUUCAGGGAUUUACAGUUGGAGUGGACAUUCCAAUCAAGAAUGUUGCUUCAGUAGCUUCAGCAGGGUGUCCUGACGCGAUUUACCACCUCCUCUGUGAUCUGAUGGGUGACGACGUCAUGUGUUGUCGUUGGCCAGUGCCCAAGAGAGCUCCGAGAUUACUGGCUGUCAAAGUUCAGGCUCAGAAAAAUGUUUCCUUGGCUAUGCGUGCGACGCCGUCCAGAGCCAGACAGCGUCAGCAGAUGGUUGCACAGAAGGCUCCAAGCCAGCGCAAGCAGAAAUACAUGGUAAUGGUGAUCUUCAAAGUGGCCAGGCAGACAGACGUUCGAAGGCAAAGACUCCAACAGAAAGCUUUUAGUUCUGUGCAAAGCACUCGCAGUGCGAUUGAAGAAGAGGGGAAAGAAGAAGAGUGCUGCAGUGCAAGUUUCUUUUAAUCUGCACUCUGUUAUUUAAAAACAUUUGCAAAAAUUAGCUUUUGCUGAAAGAAAAUCCCUGUUCUGUGGCAUUUUGUAUAGUAUUAUUUAUUGUGGGAUCAGAAUUUCAUUUUUUUGAAUAUAAAAAGAGUUAGACUGAUGUCUGCAUGGGAUAACAAAUACAAUAAAGGUGUAAAAUAAAUGCUCAAACAAUUAAUAAAUACACAAAAU